UCUGGUCCGCGGUCGCCCGGGCUGGCCGUCGGAAUGGCACUGCCGGAUCUCAGCUCCCUGAGCCUCCAGCAACUCAACGAACUGCUGGAGGACGAGGAGAAGCUGAAUAAGAUGGCGGAGCAACUGGAGGAGGUACAGAGUAUACAACCAAAUAAAGAAAUGAGUCUUGCUAGUAACCGUAGUCUAGCAGAACAGAAUCUACAGUUUCAUCCCAAAUUGGACAGCCUGAAACUUCAAUUGACUAGGAAAUACCAAGAGCUCCAGACACUGUUUGAAGCAUAUCAAGUGAGGAAAUCGAGAUUAGAAAGCCAAUCCAGAAGUGCUUCCCUAGACACACUACUUGCACUCCUACAGACAGAAGGAGCAAAAAUUGAAGAGGAAACUGAGAUCAUGGCGGAACACUUUCUAGAUGGUGAAGUACCCUUGGAUGUGUUUAUAGAGCAGUAUCCAACAAAACGAAAACUGGCACAUCAACGGCGUGUAAAAAUUGAGAAGCUUCAGGAAAUGGUCAUCAAAGGACCAAAGUUAACCUGGCCACGGUUACCCCAGCCACAAAUGCAACCUGAGCCACCACAGACAAGCUGGAAUUCCAACAAUGCAGAAUCUAACACCCCCACUGUCAUACCUCGGAGGGUUCCACCACCACCUCAGGUUGGAGUCUCUCCCACUCCUUUUACGAGUGCAGCCCUGGGAGCAACGUCAGGAGCACCUUACCCUGUUCCAUAUCCUCCCAUCCCACCAAGAUCAGGGAACACUGCUCCAAAUUUCAUCGCUCCACUACAGUACAGGCCACCCUGCCCUCUGCCUGCCACUCAGAAAGCCGGACAUCCUCCUCAACCAGGCUUUAUUUACCAGUAAUCCUGCAGAAUGGGUUCCAGUGCAGCCUUCUGUGCAUAGAUACUUCUGCAGAGUUCAGUGUCUGAUGUGUGUGUGAUCUGCAUUUCUCUGUGGGCGAAUAAGGCUCUGUUGGUAGACUGCAGAUCAGAACCUUGCACCUACUUCAACGAGAAUCUCUUAAAUUACCCAGCAGCCAUGAAGCUCUAUCUUGUGAAGCAUUUGGAUGGAAGAUGAAACAUAAUGGGGCCUUUCUGUGAUUUCUAAACCUUUUACUUCUGGAAUCCAUUGCACUUUCUGCAGGGACAUUUUAGAAGUUCGUUAGCAGCAACUGCCACAAAAAUACAAAUGCUGAUACAAAAAAAAUCAUAAUUUACUGAGUCAAUUAGCACAGUUUCUAGAAAUGCAUUUACUGUUUCAGUUAGGGAAAAAAAUACUGUGAUCGACCAUAGGCAUAGGUUGUGUAUAAAUGUAGCUUUUGUAGAAGGGUAAUUUGUAUAGGAGUUUCAGGGCUCUGAGGUUUGUGCCUAUGUGAUUGGGUAUACUUUUCAUUGUUUCAGUUAUGUCAAUGCUAACAUUACAGAUUUAUUGAAUCCUGAUUAACUCUCACUAAGCUGUCAAAUUAUUAGCUUUGAAUAUUUGUUCACAUACACACCACUUAAAACUAAAUCAUUCUAAUGACUAAAAAUAAAUUAUUUUGACAUUUGAUAUUUAGCUUUAAUACUUCUGGUAGAAAAAUAGUCUUAAGAUUUUGUCAAAACUAGGCACCAAUUUAGCUGUUUUUGAUGCUCCCUACCCUAGAAGACAAUGAUUCCUGGAUUUGCAACAGGGAUGUUUUCUUUGAAAGUGUUGUGACAUUUCAUAAAUGGAAAAAAACUGUGUGAAAUGCAUUUUAAGUGUUUCAGUACAGUGUCUUCCUGUGUAGGGAGUGUGACAGAUUUUUCUUAUAAUGACAUUUCAUAUUGAAGAUUCAUAUCCAAAAGAGUUAACAAUGUUAUAGCAAAAAAAUUGUCAAUCUAAUGUUUGUAAAUCAAGGAAUUAAUGCUGGGUUGCAAACAAACUGGAAACUGCUCGACUACAUUGGUUGAGGGGGAAUGAUGUCAAAACAAACUGAAUUUCAUUGGGUGAACAGGUACAAUGAAACAAAUACUUUAAAAUUGUGAAGCAGAACUGUUUUAAAAACUAAGAGUUAGAUAGCUUUUCUAAUGUGUAUUAAGAGGGGAAAAAAUCUUUUUUUUAGUGUUAAGCUGUGUUACGUAUUUCUAUCCUUUGUAUCUGCAUUCAGAAACAGUUCUAUUUAGGGCUUUAAACAGAUGGACUACCUUAUUUAUUUGCAAGCUCAAGAAGUGUCAUGUGGCUGUAUGUUUAUGUGCCUUAGUAAUACUCAUUGAGGGACUGUUGGAAAUGUUACUUGUGGUACUCAUGAGGUAGCACCAUAGAUUUUCAUAUUUAUGUUCCAAGGGAUGGAGUGUUGCAGUUAAUCAAAAUAUUUUGUUGAUCUAUAGUACAUCAAAGUUAGAUUAGUAAAACUAAUCAAUAUUAAAAAUAAGCAAAUUAGUUGCUGGCAAUAUAACUUGUUCAAAAAUGCAUUACUGCGAAUGCGGGAGACUGAAACUUUAUCUUAAAUGGUUUCCUGAAAUUACACAAAUUCUUUGCUUCACUCAAGACUUUGGUAAAUUGAUUGUAGAAACAUUUCAGACACUACAGUUGGAUUUGCUUUUGAGUACACUUUUUGUGAGAUGACUUUUAAAAUUACGUUGCCUUGAAAGGCCUCAAGAUUGUCCCUACUACAGCUCCUCAUUCAUCAGUAAGUUAAAACAACUUCUUUAAUACCGCAGGGAAAAACCCUCACUCCAGUUUCACAUGUUUUAACUAAAAUGUUUGACAGUACAUUUGUAAAGUCUUAUAGUUCAUGACUGCUGUUACUAAUGUAGUGGUGAGCUAAAAAAAAAUUACCUCAUUUUAAUCAGUUCUAUUAAUAAAAUGUAUUGUACAUGAUCUAUUUUGCUGCCUUUGCUUUCAGUUAUGCAUUUUGAAAGAUUCUCAUUACUGUGUGAAUCAGAAUUUGUCUUGCACAUUCCAGGUAAUUAAAGUUGCUUUUGAGUA